UCACGGAGUUUAAAGAAAUCAUCGUCAAGUCGGAGGAGGAGAUGGAUGAUCAUCGCAGACUGCUGGAUUUCUCCCGGACUCCCCAGAUAAUUUUGCAUCGUAUAGACCGCAUACAGCGUAACAUUUGUAUGAAGGAGCAAUGGAACCAGGACAGGAGCUCCUCUCUGAAACGGGAAGAGCCAGAACAUCUGCAGAUAAAAGAAGAACAAGAGGAUCUAAAACACCUGCAAAUAAAAGAAGAACAGGAGGAUCUAAAACACCUGUGGAUAAAAGAAGAACAGGAAGAUCUAAAACACCUGUGGAUAAAAGAAGAACAGGAAGAUCUAAAACACUUGCAAAUAAAAGAAGAACAGGAAGAUCUAAAACACCUGCGGAUAAAAGAACAGGAAGAUCUAGAACAUCUGCAGAUAAAAGUGGAAGAGAAAGUUUACAAUCAGAGUGAAGAACAGCUUACACUACAAAAACAGGAGACUAGUACCUUUAUGGCAAUUCCUGUUUAUGAGCAAACAGAUCACACUGAAUCAGAACCAAAUGGGAACCAAGUCAUCUUCCAGGAAGCUGCUGAAGCUGAGAACCAAAAUCAGGAAAAGAGCAAUCCUAAUGACUUUGGAGCAAAGAGAGACGAAGAGAAGAAACAAAAGAGGCAUCAGAAAAUCAAACAGCAUGUUGACGGUUCAAAAGAAAAAGGUCAGGAAAACCUUCCUCAAAGUAGUGACUUGACUAAAAAUACAUCAAGUACCACAUGUCAGAGGCCGUUCUCGUGUUGGAAGUGUUUCAUUCGAAAAGAUAAUUUUAAUUGUAACAUGACAGAUCACAAAGGUCAGAAACCUUUUUUAUGCGUUAUUUGUGGAAAAGGUUUCAGUUAUACAAGUGAACUUGCUGUUCAUACGAGGGUUCAUACAGGUGAAAAGCCAUUUUCAUGUGAGAACUGUGGAAGAAGUUUCAGUAGACAAAAUAAUCUAACUGUUCACAUGAGAGUUCAUACAGGAGAGAAGCCAUUUUCAUGUGUGACCUGCGGAAGAGGCUUUAGUCUAAAGCAGCAUUUAGCUAUGCACAUGAUGGGUCACACAGGUGAAAAGCCCUUUUUGUGUGUGACUUGUGGCAAACAUUUCACUACAAAAAACUCUUUGACUAUUCACGUAAGAAGGCACACAGGUGAGAAGCCUUUUCAGUGUAAGACCUGCGGAGAAUGUUUUAUUGAUCAAUAUUCUUUGACUGUUCACACGAGGAGUCACACAAUGUUGAAGCCAUUCUCAUGUGUGAACUGUGAAAAAAGUUUUUCUCAAAGAAAGCACUUAACUAAGCACAUGAUCACUCACACAGGUGAAAAGCCUUUUUCAUGUGCAAGCUGUGGAAAAUGUUUCAGUCAAAAAUGUACUUUAAGUCGUCACAUAAUGAUUCAUGCAGGCGAGAAGCCUUUUCAGUGUCUCACUUGUGGAAAAAGUUUCAAUCAGAAAUGUACUUUAACGGAUCACAUGACGAUUCACACAGGUGAGAAGCCGUUUUCAUGUUUAACUUGCGGAAAAGAAUUCAGUCGGCGACAUGGUUUAACUCAGCACAUGAGAAGCCACAGAUGAGAAGCAUGGUUGCCAUGGAGACAUUUUAAAUGAGUAAAAAUCUACUGGAGCCCAAAAUUAGCAACUUAAAACAUAUUUGAGUAAAAGGCACAUAGUUCUUUUUUCACACCAGUUGGUUAUGGGGGAUUUAGCGAUUAUAAUCUCAAAGUUGAAUUAAAUUAGAAAAAUGCAACAAAAAAAAGUCUAAAUUGUCGUUACUUUUUCCCACAAAGCCACAAGACCAGAAUGGCAACUUUUUAUUAGUUGUUUUCUUGCUGCUGAGCUACACAUAGUCACAUGUUGUAAAGACAGCACAGGCUUAAGGAUAGUGUUAGUAGUUAAUAUGAUGGGAGUAUAUUCUCAUGGAUUUUAUAUUGACGUAAUUGUUAGAAGAGAUAAAUGUUGCAUCUCAAGUCAUCAGAAAUUGCACCCAAUUCUGAACCUGACAGCCAUUGCUUUUGUGAGAUCUUGACUCAUUUCUUUGGAUUUCAAUAUCACACAAGAAAGCAGUGGGUCUCAGGAGCUGGAGGAGUGCUUUAAAAUAAAAUCCAGCUUUGACUCUCCAGGUCAUUGUCUCUAAUUUUAUUACUUUUUAAGAUUACUUGUCUUCUUUCUAAUAAAUGACAGCAGUCCGUCCCAGCAGAAGCUUUUCUCUGCAAGUUUAAGUGGAUGUAAAUGAUUGAUGGAUGGUGCUUUUGUUGUUUUUUCUUUCCCUUUUUCUGUACCAUGGACUGGUGAAGUAAAUUCAAAACUCCAGCAGAGGGAGCUGUUAAUCUCUCAUUUUGAUGUUCAGAAAGAUUUUAUUAUUCCUGGACUGUGUAGAUUAUUGUUUUUUUUUUUUUGUAAAAUAUGGUUUAAUGUGUUAAUUUUACAAUGUAGCUUUUCAAAUUAACAAGAGGUGAGCUUAAUCUGGCCUUCUGAAUGUACGUCAGUCUUUCUAAAAGUAAAAUAUACUGAAAACUGUUGUAAAUCCUUUAAUAUGUUCCACACCUGGUAAUAAUAAGUCAUAUCAAUUAAUAAACUGUAGUCCAGUGAGGCAGAUCCAUGAAUUUGUAUCACAAUAGUUACAGUAGUGAUUGACUGAUUUAGGUGAGUUUUUAUUGUUUACAUAAAGAUUGCCAAAUAAAAGCUUUU